AUGACAGAAACUACACAGAACACAUUAUCUUCAGAAGCAAAAAAAUUAUAUCACGCAAAACUCGAGCGGGUUAUUCUCAAUACCUACGAAACCCUGACGGCGUGGAAAAAGUAUGAAACCGAUUAUAACGCUUUGAAGACGACCUUGGAAGAUUUAUCUCAAGAAACAGAGUAUAGAAUUAUGGUACCAAUUGGCAGGCUUGCAUUUAUGCCUGGAAAGCUUGUUCACACGAACGAAAUCUUAGCAAUGCUCGGUGAUAAUUGGUUUGCUGAACGUUCAACUAAACAAGCCAUCGGCAUAGUCGAUAGGAGAUUGGAAAUGGUAAAGAAAACUAUAAAUGAUCUGGAAAUUCAGCUUGAAAAUCAAAAAACGAAGAUCGGUUUAACAUCCGAUGUAUUAAGAUUUGCAAACAUAGAAAAAGAGGUAAAUGAGGAAGGGCUACCUAUUGUAGAGAUACAAGAAAUUGAAGAGAAUGAAUUGCAAAGUCGAAUAACAAAAGAUGAAAAAAAUAAUUUAAAAAAUAGCGAGAAACAAAUAGGUCAAUCACAAGCUAAAUCCGAUGAUACCAGCUUUUUGGAUAAGUUCCUGGCUGAAGAAGAGGAAGAAUUGAGACGUGGAGAAGCAUCAGAAUCAAAUGAAGAAA